AGAGAAACCAUUCCCUUCUACAUCAAUCUUCUUCACCGUUCUCAGAUUUUAGGGUUGUGAUUGAUUACUCCAUUUGUGAUCUAUCGUUUUUGAAAUUUUCUUUACAAUGCAUAUGUUAAGAUGUUUAAUUUUUGUGACGAGGCUUGUGUUUUGCUAAUUACAUCAAUUGAACAGCUAACACAGGGAAUCAAGGAUGGUGGUUAUGUUUAUGAAAUUGGUUGUUUUAUAGUGUUCUUUCUUAUGCAUUUUUCAUUAGCGAUAGAUUAUUUACAUUAAGUGAUUCGUGUUGUUAUUGACUGAACGUUAUUACGUAUAUGUAAUCGGCCAUUUGAUAAAUGUUUGUGGUUUGACCUGCGAUUAGGAUUGUACAUGAUCGAUUCAAAUUGGAGAAUGAAUCAAUGGCGUGACAUUUGGAUUCCAGCGGAUGUAUUUUACAACUAAACUUAUUUCACCAUUUGAAAGAAUUGACAGUUAUACCCAUUAACCUAAUAAACCUCAUAUGUAUCCAUUGUGUGCUUCUGUCGAUUGUUGCCUCCAAGCGAGGCCUCCCCUCCUGCUAGCUGCCUUCUCCCCUGUGAAGCCACCGGCCGGAGACCGUCGCACCCCCACAGAAACACCGGAGACCGUCGACCCCACAACUAGGGAUAAAAGACAUGGAUCCUGAUUUAGUUAAAUUGACUCUGCAAACUCUAGCAUUUGGAAAUGUAAUGGCUGCAGCUGCUCGUGAUUAUCAAAAGGGUUUGAAAACUGAGAUUCCAAAUACACUUGUGAUAGCAAAUUGUGAAAUUGUUAAACCAAGAGUUGCAGCUACAGAACACAUAACACAGUAUCAAUAUAUUUUAAUCUUUAAUAAACAACAUGUUCUACGAAAUUUCAGGCAAUAUUUUAUUGAUUUUGAUGAUAUUGUAUCAGAAAAGGUUGUUGUCCAGAAGAACGGUCCAAGAGGAGUCCAUUUCCAGCGUGCUGGACCUGCCAAAGUAUCAGAUCAGGUGUGUGCUUGUGUAAUAACGUGUGGUGGUCUGUGCCCUGGUUUAAAUACAAUGAUUAGAGAAAUUGUAUGUGCCCUUCAUCACAUGGAGGAUACAAAGUUGACAACAUUCAAGAUCGUGGUUUAUAUAAUUGGAGGUGAUGGAACUCAAAAAGGUGCAGCUGUGAUUUAUGAAGAAAUCAGACGAAGGGGAAUCAAAGCUGUUGUGGUUAGGAUUCCAAAGACAAUUGACAAUGACAUUUCAGUUAUUGACAGAGAGUCCAGAAAACGACAUAGGAGUAGUCAAAUUAAUAGCGCACUACAGCGGGUUCAUUGCAAUGUAUGCAACUCUUGCAAGUCGUGAUGUGGAUUUAUGUUUAAUACCCGAAUCGCCCUUCUAUCUUUAUAAAAAUCAUAUAGAUCCUACAUACAUGAUUCGUGCUGUUCCAAGUAAUGCAUCUGACAAUAUCUACUGUACUCUUCAUUCUCAAAGCUGUGUUCGUGGAGCCAUGGCGGGGUUCACAGGGUUUAUUAGUGGGCUUGUGCUUUGUGCAUGGUCGACAUACUUAUAUUCCUUUCAGUGUUGCUUAUCUCUAUUGGUUAUCUCUAUUAUCACUAGGAAAUUUUUUAUGAAAACCAGUACAUUUUCAACCAUUCAUCUGAAAAAGUCAAUACUUUUUUUUUUCUUUCAGAAAUGCCAUUCAUAUUUAUAAAUCUUUUAUUUCUGACCAUGGAACAUAGUUUGUUAACAACUAGUGGUGAGAUUGGUUCGACUUUUUUACUAAAACAAAAGCAGACCGAACCAUUCUCACCCCUAAUGGUUAACAAACUUUGUUUCAUGGCCAACUAUAUUGUAUUCUUAAAUAAUGAU